AUGGACCGGUGUCGGCUGUGUGACAAGCCGGCCCCGGAGAGCACGCCCCUGAGCGCGUGCAGCAGGAGCAGAGGGCCCGGGGCGGGGGCGCACGGACCGGUGUCGGCCGUGCAGCAGGAGCAGAGGGCCAGGGGCGGGGGCGCACGGACCGGUGUCGGCUGUGCAGCAGGAGCAGAGGGCCCGGGGCGGGGGCGCACGGACCGGUGUCGGCCGUGCAGCAGGAGCAUAGGGGCCGGGGCGGGAGCGCACGGACCGGUGUCGGCUGUGCGACAAGCCGGCCCCGGAGAGCACGCCCCUGCAGGAGCAGAGGGGCUGGGGCGGGGGCGCACGGACCGGUGUCGGCUGUGCGACAAGCCGGCCCCGGAGAGCACGCCCCUGAGCGCGUGCAGUGAGAGUGCAGGAGCAGAGGGGCUGGGGCGGGGGCGCACGGACCGGUGUCGGCUGUGCGACAAGCCGGCCCCGGAGAGCACGCCCCUGAGCGCGUGCAGUGAGAGUGCAGGAGCAGAGGGCCCGGGGCGGGAGCGCACGGACCGGUGUCGGCUGUGCGACAAGCCGGCCCCGGAGAGCACGCCCCUGAGCGCGUGCAGUGAGAGUGUGUGUGCGUGCGUGCAGGCAGGAGCAGAGGGGCUGGGGCGGGGGCGCACGGACCGGUGUCGGCUGUGCGACAAGCCGGCCCCGGAGAGCACGCCCCUGAGCGCGUGCAGUGAGAGUGCAGCAGCAGAGGGCCCGGGGCGGGGGCGCACGGACCGGUGUCGGCUGUGCGACAAGCCGGCCCCGGAGAGCACGCCCCUGAGCGCGUGCAGUGAGAGUGCAGGAGCAGAGGGGCCGGGGCGGGGGCGCACGGACCGGUGUCGGCUUUGCGACAAGCCGGCCCCGGAGAGCACGCCCCUGAGCGCGUGCAGUGAGAGUGCAGCAGCAGAGGGCCCGGGGCGGGGGCGCACGGACCGGUGUCGGCUGUGCGACAAGCCGGCCCCGGAGAGCACGUCCCUGAGCGCGUGCAGCAGCAGCAGAGGGCCCGGGACGGGGGCGCACGGACCGGUGUCGGCUGCAGGAGCAGAGGGCCCGGGGCGGGGGCGCACGGACCGGUGUCGGCUGUGCGACAAGCCGGCCCCGGAGAGCACGCCCCUGAGCGCGUGCACCACCACUACCAAGAUACGCAUGCACCAGAAGCUGGCCAAGAUCGUGUCUGUGGACCGACUGGCCCUGAGGCAGAAGCACGGCGUGCUGUGCUCGCGCUGUGCACGGCUGCUCAACUACGUGGACCGCAUCCAGGUGGAGCUGGGCGUGCUGAAGAAGACUAUCGUGGAGUGCAUUCACAAGAAGCACAACCUGUUUGUGCCCGACCAGAGUCUGGAGGCUGAGCUCUCGCGCGUGGAAGAAGCUAGUGCAGUAGGAGAUGUCUCAGAGAUGCAGGACACUUACUCGGGAAAAGAAGUACAGACCAGUUCACGUACCAAGCCACGUGUGCAGCUUCAGACGAGGAAUAGUGAGCUGUGGAAAGCAGUACCUGAUUCCCAGGAGACAUGUUUGUUUGAGGAAAGUGAGACAGUUGCCAAGGAACCAGAGCAAACCGAUGUCAUCGGAGAAGAAGGUGCAGGAGAGAGCGACGUCGGUGACAUGGAAAUGUGCGAAGAAUACCUGGAGCCCAUGUCGGAGGAAACUGCAAGCAGCAGUCAGGAGGGAGGGGCAUCGCGAGAUUAUCACGGGGAAGAAUGCAGUGCUGAAGUGGAAGUGGACGGGUCCUUCAGUAGCUUCCAGAUACAAACUGAUGAAACCAACAACCAUGCAAGAACCAGUUUGCAUCAUGACCUUGAUGUCAGGAUGUUGAUAGAAGAACUGACGACUGACACGCGCGAAGACGACGACGCUGAUAGACAGGACGGUGGUGACACUGAAAGUGGCCAGACAGUUGAAAGAGACGGUGAGCUGACAGUUGAAAGUGAUGGUGAUCGGACAGUUGAAAGGGAUGGUGAUCGGACAGUUGAAAGAGAAGGUGAGCAGACAGUUGAAAGGGAUGGUGAUCGGACAGUUGAAAGAGAAGGUGAGCAGACAGUUGAAAGAGAAGGUGAGCAGACAGUUGAAAGUGAUGGUGAUCGGACAGUUGAAAGAGAUGGUGAUCGGACAGUUGAAAGAGAUGGUGAGCGGACAGUUGAAAGGGAUGGUGAUCGGACAGUUGAAAGAGAUGGUGAUCGGACAGUUGAAAGAGAAGGUGAUCGGACAGUUGAAAGAGAUGGUGAUCGGACAGUUGAAAGUGAUGGUGAUCAGACAGUUGAAAGAGAUGGUGAUCGGACAGUUGAAAGAGAAGGUGAGCAGACAGUUGAAAGAGAAGGUGAGCAGACAGUUGAAAGAGAAGGUGAGCAGACAGUUGAAAGGGAUGGUGAUCGGACAGUUGAAAGAGAUGGUGAUCGGACAGUUGAAAGAGAUGGUGAACAAGAACAGGGGAGAGACAGUGAACUCCCGCAGGUGAGAGAGAGUCAAGUUGGUGAGAGUGCAAUUAGUGAACCUGACAAAGGACAUGAGUCUACAGCUGGCAUCGAAGGAAGCCAAAGCCCUAGCAGUGGUAACAGUUGGGUCUUCAGUGGUAUGGAUACUUUGAGCAAAGAAGUUAAAAGCUGUGAGCGUGAAGGAAUACCUUACGAUGCCAUUGAGUGGGAAGAUGUUGAUACUCAGUCACCAGGCAAAAAUGUCAGUGAUGUUGCUGAGGAGCUCGGAGAGCAGAAACAUGAUGAUGAUAAUGAAGCAGCCAAGGAAAAGUACAGCGAAGAUGCAAGUAAGAUAGCUGAUGAGGGUGCCAGCUGCAAGGAAUUCAAAGAGAAAGAGGUUUUUAACAAGAAAGAGGAGCGCGAGGAGCUCUCUGCUCCAGCUGUUGAGGGGUCCCUGGAGAGCGAGAUCGAGAGAAUGGAGACAGACGUCUCAGAGGGGCAGUUGGCAAAUGACCUCAGCAAUGUCUGCAACACGGGAGUAACUAAUGGAACUGGGAAAGAAGAUAAUAUUAAUACUGAUGUAGAAAAAGACAGUAUCGAACCCAAAAUCAAAAUGGAAUUAGAAAAUGUUAUUGAAGAAAAUUAUGAUAUUGACUCAGAAGGUAUAAAAAAUAUUGAUGAGCCAAAGACUUUUGAAGGGGAAGAAGAGAAGAUGGACACGGAUGAUGGAGAUGAGAACAUGUCGGAUGAAAUCAGGUGGUCUUCUGAAUCCGAGAAUGAAGGCACGGAGAGUAAUGAUGAGCUUGUCUGUGUGAAAGAGGAAGUAACAGCCAACGAACAGCCUGUGGCAGAGGAGUCUACCGUGGAAACUCAGGAAAUGUCGGGUGAGGGAAACAUUGCAGACUCUGACGUAGGACGUACAAUGAGUAAUGAAUAUCACGAAGGUGGAGAGAUUUGUAACACUGAGUCAGUUAAAGAAAACAGUUCCAAUCUGGAAAUGGAAGAAAUCAGUUCGCAACCUCUACAGGAGGAUGCAAGCUUGCUAGUAGAUACGGGUAAUGCUGAGUUGCAGCAGCAUGCAGUGGAAACUGCGUCAGAGUUGGAACACUCUGAUGUGCAGGUGCGAGACUCCUGUUGUGGCACUGAUGAACAACAAGAACACUCUCAGACAGGAAGUACGGUGUGUGAUCCGGACAGCCAGGUGAGCUCGUCGAAGGAAGCGGUGGACGAGGCAGAUGCGGAGGUGCAGGUCGUGGAAAGGGGCUCGGAGAAGCGGGUUGCGGACACGCUGGAGGAGCACCUGGCCAGCAUCUUGGCGGAGGAGCCUCUGGGGGAAGACCAGGGCCGCCUGUUCGGGGCGGACGCGGGUCCCGCCCGGGCCUCCGUCGCCGGCCUGCAGACGGACGAGUCCGUCAUCAGGAUGCUGGAGGAGCCCGCGUCGGGCGCUCGAGGUCACUUGUUUCCUCACGUGUCCGACGAGAAAUCCGUCAUCGUGAUUGAUGAGGACGAAGAGACUGACAGCAGUCAAAGUGCGAUGUUGGCAGGCAUGGGGCUGAUGGGACAGCCGGCACUGUGCCGUACCGUCGGCGACGUGGAGUGUGUCGACAUCAGCAGUGACUAAGGCCGAGUGCGGUCGUGAAACACCGCCGUGUGUCGCUCAGUUUCUUGUGGUUAACUUCGUACUUUCCAAGACAUCAGCAGUGAGCCACUGACAACUGUUGUGUGCAGUGUACAGUAACCAUUACUUAGGUACAACCUGGAAUCUACGUGGAACAGAUAUGCGCAGGAAUUAUGGAUGUGCUAACUGUUCCCAGGCAUACUGUUAAUAAGCUCUUUUUGUAUAAGAUGAUGCAGUAUCUUUUAUUACUUAAGCCAAAUGUUUUAGUGUUCGAGAAUAGUGUUAUUGAUAUACUUACUAACAUAACAGAAAAUAUAAAUGGCAUUUAAAAUGAUAAAGUAAAUAAUAAUGUAAACAACCCAAAAUAGGUUUACAAAAUACCAGCUCUUACGAGAAUGACAAAACUUUUUCAUUGGCUGCAUCUUGACUAGCUAUCACAGCUCUGGCGGUGUGCUCAGGUGUUGGACAUCACCACGAACAGUAGUAGCAGUGGUCAGAUGCCAACUGUCAUCGCUGUGGGAACUGCAGAUCCUGGCGUUGCUAAGGGCCACAUACUUUAUUUGGGAUGUAUGUAAUAUUGUUUAGUUGACUACUUUUGAGGCGUGUGCAAUGAUGGAGGGCUAUUCAUUUGUAAAUGCGUUUAAAGUAAUUACAGACUAUUUUACCAA